GUCUUCGUCUUGACAGUACGCUUUCCUUUUUUUCCGCCAAUUUGGAGUUCCACAAACACAGGAAAUUUAUAUACAGAGAGAGACAGAAAGACAUACAGAGGAAAAGAACAGUGCGUGAUUUCCCCCCCUCAACUCCCUUGUUCCACUUCCCUCAUUCAAUUUCACACAUUCCCCCUUUUCUCUCUCUAAAGUAGUAGUAAUUACUUCUGGGGUUUUCUCUUUUUCCUUUCAAAGUUUUCAACUUUCUCAAUUUUUGCCCCUUCACCCUGAAAUAACACCCAUCUUCUUCUUCUUCUUCUUCUUUCUUCAAUGAAGAUUUAGCUUCCUUUUUUUUGCUGCUGAUCUUGUUUCAGAUAAUGGAUGCUGCAUACUGAAUGCAGUCAAGAGGUAGUUGCCAAACUUUUUCAUCUUGGAAUUGAAUAUGAUCAACAACCAUUUUGGAGGUCUUCUAAUGCACUGCUCCAAUUGUGUGCUUCUUUCUCUUCAUACUGCUUUGCUGAGAUGGGCUAGAUAGACUUUACUGGCCACAUCAAACUUGCUUUUGACCAUAGAUAUGCAUCUAGAAGCAAUGGGCGGUUUGCCUGGUACUAGUGAAAUUACGGAGUCAAUAGAGGACUUAAAUCCUGAAUCUAAAAUGGAUGAUGAUAUCCUGAACACUGGUAAACAGUAUUGUAUGAAGGAUGAUAUUAACAAACUGUUUGAAGCUAUAGAAAUUAGGACUUCCCAUAGAGGUGUCAAAGAUGCAUUGAAUAAAAGCGCAAUGAAGAGACCAAUGAGAUGUAGCCCCGCUCGAGCAUCAGGUUUUGAUAAUUCUGAGCCUGCAAGUUUGAAGCAGGCCUUCAGAGGAUUAUGCAUCUCUCAGGCAUCAGAGCUUGCGGCUGUGAAGAAGCGGUCGUCAAAAGCGUCCAGGCUGUCAGGUGUCUCAGAGACAGGGGCUGCCAAAAGACUUUACAGGCCCAUCGCUGUGCAGGUUAAUGGCCCUGAACAUACUGUCAACGAAGGUAUAGGGAAUUUAGUGGAGAUAUCCCUCAUCCCAGAUAUGAGUAUGUCAAAUCCUUCUGAUAAGAUUACUGACUAUGAACAUGUGCCCAUUAAAGAAAAAUCUACUUAUGCUGCCUAUUCUUGCCAUCUUUCUAAAGAUGCAAUGAAACAUGGUGCAAAAAUAAGUGAAAUUUCAGGCGGAGAUGAGGCUUUUCCACACUCAACUGAUAUUUGUUCUGGUUACUUAAAAGAAGUGUCUGAGCAGAAAGAUGUUUUGGAACUACCACAUUCUUCAACUGCCACUUCUGCUAAUAAAGUUGAAGCCCAAAUGAUGCCAUCCCCAGAUGAAGCUCCGACAUUUGUAAUCCCAGCAGACAAGAAGCAGGCACGAGAUUUUGAUCUUGUUUCUUGCUCAUCUAUUUUUAGUACUGGAAAUAAAGUCAUCAGACCUACUUCUAGCAGUCCAAAUCAGAUGAGACCAGUUUCCAGAAGUAGAACCUUUGUUAAGAAGAAAGUCGCUUCUGUUCUCACCAGCAGUUCCAAGCAAUCUAAUGGUGACAAUGAUUUGAGUUGUAGUACAAGUGAGAUUGCUUGUCAGACACCUGAACACGUACUGAGGAAUAAUCAGAAAGAAGAGGAUAAGGAAUCUUCAGAAUCAUGUUGUGCUAAUAGCAUAGAAGUUAGUUCAUCUAUGCUGGAUGCAAGUGUUGCCAAACCUGGUCUCAGCUCAAGCAGUUGUAACAGAACAAGAAGUAUAGUUACAAAAGGUGAUGAAAGAUCAUUGUCAAGAGAAAAGGGGGAGAUAUCUCAAAGUUCAAAGAGUAGCAUCGGGGAUUAUAGCAGCACCACGAGCGUUAGCGAAGAAAGCUAUCGCAGUGGGUCUAGCCGCAGUGGCUGUCGACCUCAUAUGUCCAAGGAUUUGAGAUGGGAAGCCAUUCGUUGUGUUCAGAAGCAGUAUGGAAACAUUAGUUUGAAGCAAUUUAAGUUGCUUAAAAAACUUGGCGGAGGGGACAUUGGGACUGUUUAUCUAUCUGAACUAAUGGGCACAAACUGUCUGUUUGCUGUGAAAGUUAUGGACAAUGACUUUCUGACCAGCAGGAGGAAGAUGACAAGAGCGCAGACUGAAAAAGAAAUACUGCAAAUACUGGAUCAUCCAUUUCUUCCUACGCUCUAUGCCCAUAUUACCAAUGACAAAUAUUCAUGUUUAGUGAUGGAAUAUUGUCCAGGAGGUGAUCUCCAUGUACUCCGACAAAAGCAACCCAACAAGAAUUUCUCUGAACAAGCAGCCAGAUUUUAUGUCGCUGAAGUUCUUCUUGCUUUGGAAUACCUUCACAUGCUUGGAGUCAUAUACCGAGACUUAAAACCAGAGAAUGUCUUGGUUCGAGAAGAUGGUCAUAUCAUGCUCUCCGACUUUGAUUUGUCUCUUAGGUGUGCUGUUAAUCCUAUGGUUGUGAAAUCAUCAUCUCCUGUCGUUAAGCCUCCAAAGACGUCUAGUCCAUGCUCGGAAUCUAGCUGCAUAGAUCCCUUUUGCCUACAUCCAUCCUGGCAAGUAUCCUGCUUCACCCCUAGAUUUUUAUCUGCCGCAGGUAAGACACGUAAGCUAAAAGCGGAUAUUGCUGCACAAGUCACACCUUUGCCACAGCUGGUAGUGGAGCCAACCGAUGCCCGUUCCAACUCGUUUGUAGGAACCCAUGAGUACCUGGCACCAGAGAUCAUCAAAGGAGAAGGUCAUGGCAGUGCAGUAGAUUGGUGGAUGUUUGGUAUCUUUCUAUAUGAACUGUUAUAUGGAAGGACACCUUUCAAAGGACCAGGAAAUGAGGAUACAUUAGCCAACGUGGUUUCUCAGUGUCUCAAGUUCCCUGCAUAUCCUAUGGUUAGCUCUAGUGCGAGAGAUUUGAUCAGACGGUUGUUGCAGAAGGAACCGGAGAAUAGGUUGGGAGCUGAGAAAGGGGCAGCAGAGAUAAAGCAGCAUUCUUUCUUCGAGGGACUGAACUGGGCGUUAAUACGAUGUGAAACACCUCCAGAACUGCCUAGAUUCUGUGACUUGGGAAAUGUAAUCCCUGAUACCAACCAACAGAACAAGGAGAGUGCCAAGCCUCAAAAAGAGUUCAAAAGUAUAGGAGAGGAUAUUGAGUUUGAGAUGUUUUAGCGAUAGUAGAGCUGAGAAUGGAUAGGUUUGUUAUUCUCUUCUUUUUAACACGAUAUCUCUUAUUCAUGUAAGUGGUAUAUAUAGAUAGCAUUACUUACAUAUAGCAUAUAGUGUACAAUCCAGAACUUGGCAUCAAUUGAAGAGCAGAAUAUACCAUGUUUUGUUGUAACAAUGUUGUGCUUGGGAGUGGAGUAAUAUGAAGCAGCCAGGAUGGAAAUUGGAUGUAAA